AUGAAUCCUUCCAUAAUUUCCUCAUCGUCAAUAUUAAGAGAUUUAAUCGUUAAUCCUAAUACUAUAGAUUAAAAUUUAUUGUGUUUAAUAUGUUAAGAAUUAGUUGUUGAUCCUAAGGAGUGCAGUUAAUGCCAAAAUCUAUUUUGUUCAGAAUGCAUUACAUAGUGGCUAGAAAAGAGAAAGAGUUGCCCUUAUAAUUGCAGUAAGGAAAUUGAAUUGAAGAAUCCUCAUCGCAUAGUCAAAAACUAAAUUUCUUAAAUAGAAGUAAAAUGUGUAAAUAAAGGCUGUGAUCUAUAAAUGUAAAUUUAGAAUAUAGAUUCCCAUCUGCAACAAUGUGAGUACUAAGAAAAACAAUGUUAAUUUGCUGAUUGUGAUUUUAAAGACAUUUAAAAAUAAAUAAAGCAUCAUGAAUAAAUUUGUGAACACAGAGUAUAAAAUUGUUAGAAAUGUGAUGCAACAUAUAAAGUCAAUUAAGAACAUGAUUGUCUAGUCCAUUUACUUUAGAAAUUGAAAUUGUAAGAAGCGAACUUCUAAGCUUAUUAAAAGACAACUGAUUAAGUUAUAAUGGAUUUGGUUUCAAGACUUACUAAAUUAGAAGAUUCCUAAAAAGGACCCAAAAAACCAAAAUGUUUUCAAGGACAUGAAUUGAAAUGGAUUUAUCCUAAACAAGGAAUCUAAUGUGAGUCUUGCAAAUAUGCAAAUGAGAAUAUAAGAUAUGUUUGUGAAAUUUGCAGAGUAGGGUACUGCUAGAGAUGUAAGUUGCCAGAAUUCAAUGGAAACAUUUGUCCUGCUAAUCAUAUUCUAUAGUUUACGUAGAAACCUUCGUUUGGUUUGAAAUGCGAUUUCUGUAGACUGAACAUUUAUUCAAAACAUGACUCUGUUUACAGUGACCGAUCUUGCGAUUUUGAUAUCUGCAAUAGUUGCUUUUAGAAAUUCAAAUUACUUAAGUGA